AACCCUUGUUGCUUUUUAGCUUUAUUCCCCCACAGGCUGUAUUAUAGCUCUCUAACCAGUCCCACAGCAUUGAAUGAUGUCAUGGGAUCUGCAGUUCAGCAAGAUGAAAGGGAUAAAGCGGAACCCGCUGGCACUAGGGAAAGCUUUCCAACACACAAUCCACAGCACAGCUUGGGAACUGAAAAAGCUACAGCCACUCAGCUCUAAGCAUGGAAGAAUCAUGUGCAUUCUCUCACCACAAAGAGGAAGAAAAAAGCUAAAAUGAUCAAUUUUUAAAUAGAAGAACUCAAGAAUUUGAAGGCAGAAUUUAAAAGGACAACUACCUGCUGGAAAGGGAGCUUUUUCCUCUCCAAAGCACUGCCUUUGAUGUAUGACAACUGAUCACUGAUCAGAUUACAGGCAUUUGGUCUCAGUGCUCGUCUGCCUUUGAUCUGCAUGGUUAAUUUUAUUUUCCUGGAUUUGGAGUUUCGUCUGGGCUUGUGCUGACAUACUUUUUUUUAAAGGAGGGUUUCUUAUAAAAUGACCAAGCUGCUUUGUUAGCAAAAUUGCACAUCAUGAUAUAUGCAGUUUAAAAGCUACAGUCCUACCUAUGAAUACAUUCUUCAUAGGGGAAAGAUUUUAUAACAAAACAAUGGACACUGAAGGAUUACAAAGACUAAAUAAAAUACUGAAGAUGCUAAUGCUUCUGCUAGCAUAUUUGUUGAGUAGAGCAACUUGUGAGACGGGAGAUUGUAGAGAACAAGAAUUUAGGGAUCAUGCUGGAAACUGUAUUCUUUGUGAACAGUGUGGACCUGGAAUGGAGCUGUCAAAGGAAUGCGGCUUUGGAUAUGGGGAGGAUGCACAGUGCAUGAUAUGCAGGCCAAACAGAUUCAAGGAGGACUGGGGAUUUCAGAAGUGCAAGCCUUGUCUGGACUGUGCACUAGUUAACCGAUUUCAGAAGACCAACUGCUCUGCCAUGAGCAAUGCAAUAUGUGGGGACUGCUUACCAGGAUUUUACAGGAAGACUAAGCUUGGAGGCUUUCAAGACAUGGAGUGUGUCCCUUGUGGUGAUCCCCCUCCUCCCUACGAACCUCACUGUACCACUAAAGUGAAUCUUGUGAAAAUCCCAUCAACUGCUUCCAGUCCUCGGGACACUGCUCUAGCAGCUGUUAUAUGUAGUGCACUGGCUACAGUCCUCUUAGCUCUUCUCAUCCUUUGUAUUAUCUACUGUAAGAGACAAUUUAUGGAAAAAAAGCCAAGCUGGUCUAUGAGAUCACAAGAUAUUCAUUACAAUGGUUCUGAACUGUCAUGUUUUGACAGACCACGGCUUAAUGAAUAUGAUCACAGAACAUGUUGCCAAUGCCAAAGAGACCCAUCACAGACAUGUGGGCCGGUUCAUUUGAUUCCAUCACUGUGCUGUGAUGAAGCCUGUAGCAUAGAGCACAGCAGUCACAGUUGCACUUUCCACUCACAGACUACACUUCAUGAAAGGGUUUCAAAUUCUGUUGGAGAAAUGAUUCCUGCCUUUCUUGGUUCUCUUUCACAUACUGUCUGUGGAGAUCUGUCAGAUGUUUGGCCUCUUAUGAAAAACCCUACUUCUUGUGAUGGUAUCUCUUUCUGUGAAUCUUAUCCAGAACUGACUGGAGGAAGUGCAAAUUCCUUCCAACCAGAGGCUGAAAACACAGUCAAUAUAGAUUCAGACAAUGAGCAGGAUCUAAGUGAUGUACUUAUUUCAGCUAAAUCUGACUCUGAAAAGUGUGCAGAAUCUAUUGAAAGUUCCAGAUGUAGCACAUGUAUGGAUGCUUCAUUUAUGCAGGACUCAGCAGCUGCCAAAAACCAGCCAAUGACAGGGCAUGACAGAACUAUUAAUGUUUCUAUAGACUGAUAAAAAGGUAAAAUACAUUUCUGUAAAUAAGAAACAAAAUCUGUGUGGUACACCCAUCUGCUUACAUUAAGAACCCUGAGAAAGACAAAGAGUGCAGAUGCAGGUGUCCACCAGCCUCACUGAGAAAAAUAAUCAAAUUGUAAAAGAUGGCAAGGUUCUGUCCAUCCUUGGGCUGUGUCUGAGCAUUGCUAAAGUGAAUAUGUUCUCAGAAGAAAUAGACAUUUCAGAUUUGUCAUAUUUUAAAUCCAUUUUGAGUAUUUGAGAAGUGUAUUUCCACCAUAACAAAACGGUCAUGUGGUUAUUUAUGCAAUUGUAAAGUUCUCUUACUAGAGAGCUUUUAACAGAAUAUAUUUCUAUUUUAUCAUUGUAUGUUAGACUGUUGCUUACUAAACUUCAUCUUUAUUUUAAGAAAGUCUAAUUAUAGAUGUUUGCAAAAUGUUUUCAGUGUGAAAGGUCAUACAGCGUCAUAGAGUGUAAACUCCUUUGAUCUGUUAUUGUUUGUAAUAACAGAUGUUGUACCAACAAAGAUACUGUUUUGUGUUUAGAAAGCCUGGGGCCUGCUGGCACUUUGGGGCAGAGACUGCUUUUUCAGUAUGUGGAUGUACAGCACAGAACAAAAGAGGGCUUCAGUGUUUCCCUGGGGCCUCUUUUACCAAAAUGUAAAAUAAAUGCUAAUUUGACUAAAGGCAAUUCAUAUAAGAUGAACAAUUUUGAAUAUAUUUUGGAAUUAUGUGUAUGCAUAAUUAAAUUUAGACAAGACUGAAUUUAAGACAGAAGUUCAGUUUCAGGGUUUUUUCUUUUUUUAUAGUAUGAGAGUGAUUUAAGUUAGAUGUUUUCAGUGUUUUAUAUAAAAUAAAGGAUUUCAUAUGGUAUUUAUGAGAGUGUAACUACUCUUUUAUCACUUUCUCUAGGAAGCCACAAAUAUUUCUACUGGCACUAGAACUGCAUGCUAUCCUCGUCUUUCUUUGCUAAUGCUUGUGAAUAGAAAGUGGCCUGGUCCUCAAUGUUUCCUAGUUUCAAAAACAGCUGAAAUAAAUUGGCAACAUUUUAGACCUUUUAGGCAGUUGCAUCUGAGCCAUAACAGCUGUAAGUUGAAACGUCAAGGAGCAAUUUGAGAGAAGACUGAAGGUGGAUUCAUGAUACUUUGCAGCUCUUCUAAACAACUAUCUUCUGUUCUUCAUGGGUGUUUGAAAAACAUAAUGGAUUGAGCUUGCAGCUAUGUAUAAAUACUAUAAGAAAUAGAAUUACAUUAGUGUGUUUAGACUGAUCUGUUAAACAUAGCUACAGAUGUCAGAUGGUGUGGGACAAAAGUUUGCCAGUUAUUCUGCUUGCAAAUUUAAGCUUGCAUUAGGUUUUUUUCCUGGCUGGCUGUAAUCUUAAUUCACAUUUCUAUUUAUGUAAGGGUUAAAAAAUAAACAAUUCUAUUUAUGUAAGGAUCAUGCAUUAGUGAAUGGAAGCUUGUAUUGUAUUACACAUUAGCUAAAAAGCUGCUUUAAUGAAUCAAGGAAUUUGCAUAUCUCAAUAAUAUGUAUUUUUGAAGUCCCUUAAAAAUCACCUUUUUCUUAUGCCAGAAGAUUAGCCUUAAUUUAGAUGUAGCUUUGGUGUAGACAGCACAUUGGACUUGUAGCUAUAUUAUAUGACUCUAAAUGUUGAAAUAAUAACAUUGAAAUAAUGAACUCUCAUAUCAAUAUCAAAUUACAGUAGAUUUAGUAUGAAGCAUUCACACAGCUGAAAGUCACUGAAAGGUUGCCAACAGGGGACAGUUUUUAGAGGUUAGUCUACAAUACAUCAUAGGGUCAAUUUAAAAUAAGGUGACUUAACUAAGUUGACUUGACUAAGCUGACUUAAGCCACAUCGGGACAUACAUACAUACAGUUCCUUGACAUAAUGGUAGCAAUCAUGUGAGCCCUCCCCUGCAGUAGCCCCUGGCUAAGUUAAGUCAACUUUGCAUACACACAUGUUUAAGUCGACUUAAAGUCAACUUAACUAAUGCGACUCAAGAUAAUACACCUUAGAGGUAUAUUACCUUGUGCUGCAUUUAAGUUGACUGUGCUCCACAUAUAUGUGUAUGCUCUGACAGUUAAAUCAACUUUUAAAAGUUAAGUUACUUAACUGUCAGAAACCUAGUACAUGUGUAUGCACCCAUGGUGACCUAAUCCUUUUAUUCUACACAGACUUCUUUUUCAUCAAUGCCAACACCUCCUGUAAGUAUCUCCUGAAAUUUUCCACCUUCCUCACUACACACAAAAGUGAUUUGAUAGCAGUUGUUUAAAAAUACCAUUCAUCUGAACCACAAAAUUACACAGAUGCCCAAACUUGAGUAAGCUUAUUAUCUUAUGGCUGCAACUCUGGCACUUUCUCUAUAAUUUCUUAUCUAUAAAUUACAUUGCGUCUUAUACUGGCAUUUGUUCUGUAAAAAUCUUCUAUCAGAGGUACUAUUUUUUUCCUAUUGGGAAGAGUCCCAAUGAACUCCAUUAAGUGUUACAUUAGGCAGGAUCUAGCUCUGAAAUCAUGAAUUCUCAUAAAACAUUCAGUAUGCUCUUAGCAAAAUACAAGUUAUCAGCAAAAUGAUGCAAAUACAUGGUACAUUUUCUUCCUUGUUGUAAAUGUACUGUACAACAGUUUGCAUACUAAUACAAUAUUCUCUUUCCUUAAAGGAAAGAUGCUUUUGCUGGUGACACAUCAGCAGAAUUUUGGGCCUGUAAAAGAAGAAUUAAAUGCAGUACUAAAAGCAAAGAUAACAAGAUGCUUUGCCAAAAAACAGUGGAACUUGUUGUUCAAGUAACUGCUACUACUCAUCAUGAAUAACACUUGCAUAAUAUGGCCCAAGGUUAGUGAAGAAAUUUCCUCUGAAUAUUUGAAUAUUAAAUGCUACUAUUGACUCAUUGACUUAUUAUUGUACUAAAUAAACAGUCAUGCUUGUGUUCAUUUGUUAAAUACUUUGAAAGACAUAUGCAGUUCAGGCAAAAUUAAUUUUCACAUCCUUUCUACAUUAGAUAAAUAUGUCAAAAUAUUACUUUCCAACAUUUUUUACUUGAAAAAAUGUUUGGUGUUUUUGUAUAUGCUUUAUAAAUAGAAAAAUCCAAUAUGCAUUUCAGUAUAUCGCAAAAUAUUGCUAGAGUACGUAUGGAGAUUAAAAUUUUAACUGUCAAGAAUACCGUGAAAUGGUAUGAUCAAAAACUUUGCCAGUAUCUGUCACCAGUAAGUAUGUUUCCCAUUGGAAUUUUCACUUUGUAUGAUCAUUUUUGUCCAGCAACUACUAUAUUUACUCAUACAUCGUAUGCACACACCUUUUGCCCAGAAAGCAGUCCCAGAAAUUGGGGUACGUGCUUUAAGUGGAGAAACUGAUCUUCUUUGCUGAACUAGAAACAUGGACGGGGGCGUGUCUACAUGAGACACUACUGUGCAGCCAUUAAUGCGCAUUUUUUAGUACUUGUAUUAGCAAGUACUAAAUAAGUACAUAGUAACUGGGGUUACUGCACAGUAUCACCAGCGAACAUCUUUCAAGUCACACUACGGUGCAGUACCAUAUUAGCACAGUCCGUGCUAUAACACACUACUGCUCAGUAUUAUUCGACUACUGCACAGUCAGCAUCUUGUGUACUUGUGUCCGGGCUGUGCUGCAAAAUACAGCACAAAAUACUGCUCCUCUCUGGGACAGCAAGCAAGCAGAGGUGGUAUCCUAUGUUAACCCUUUCACAGCUGCUAAUGAACUGUCAGUAGCUUUUUUAUAUUCUGCCUUCCCACAAUAAGGUGUGUGUUUUAUUUGGGGACAUGUGGUAUGCAAGAAACUAUAGUGUAUAUAUACAUUUCCUGUAAAUGAGUGAGAGCAAAUUUUUCAAAGAAUUCAAUAUGCAAAAUAGCUUUUUACAAGUAUUUGUAUAUUAUGUAUAUAUUUUUUUAACAUAGUUUUUCUUAAUUUAAGCAGAUUGGUCGUGUUUAUAUUGCUUGUGCCAAGCAAUAUUAUACAUGCCAAUAGAAAACAAAUACCACCAGUGCCAUUUGACAUACUUUUUAAAUCUGUAAAUUACAACCAUGUAAAUUGUUUUGUAAUACUUUUUUACUUGUGAAUAAACUAUUACAUGAAUUGUU